GGGGAGAUCGCCAAUUUUCCCUAUCGAGAUUGCACCACCGCGCGCGGCGCGUACAGCCUAGCGCCAGACGUGGCUUCCCUGGGAGGUGGCAAGUACUGCUUCACAAUCCAAGUUGAUCAAGGCUGCUCGGGCCCCUGCUGCUCCACCGACCUCCAGAAGAUAGAGUUCGAUGUAUCCAGCUCCUGCCUAGUAAGCGGCGCAUCCGUCAUUGCCACAAUCAACGGAAAGAGGACUCAGAUUGGCGCGUCCUUCGAUAAGCCCGAGAUGGGACCGCCCGGCACCGCCAUUCUGCGAAUCCCCCAGCUGGGCCUCAACAAGACCACCGCACAGAACGCAGAGCUGUGCAUCACCCUCAAGCCAAAUAAUGCUGGCCGGGGCUGCACCACGCUGGAACAGCUGUGUUCGACACCGUCGGGUGGCUGCCCGGGUGCUUGCUCCGCUGCUUUUUUCGACACACCCUGCAAGUGCUGCCCCAUCUCGAAUACCCGUGGGAGAUCUUGCACACCGUUGCCGCCUCCGGACCCUCCAGUGUUCUGCACCAGCCAGGUCUGUUAUAUCGCAGAGCUGGAGCCACCCACUCCUGAUGUACGCCCCUACCGCUUCGACGACGCCACCUGCACCAGCCUCAAGGUGCAGCUUGGAAAGGCCUCGCAGGCAAUCAAUGUAGGCAGCGAUACCCUCGCCUCCUACUUGGACUUGGUUCUUCGCGUCUGUGAGGGCACUCGCGUGGUCAUGUGCAGCAACUUUACAGAGAGCAACGUCACGGAUGCGGCCUGGAAGACGGCAUUCGCUGGGGCAAACACGGAAUUGGUAACAUUCUUCCUCAGCUUGAUCAGCGGGCCCACUUGCCUGCCCGAGCUGGACGGAUAUACAAUCCGGACACGCGCCAACUCCGAGAAAUGCGUGUUAUUCGACGAGGAGCGGAGUAUUCCUUGCGUUCCACCGCCUGGCGUUAAUUGCUCGUGCGAUGUGAAGCAGGGGGUCCUACCAUUCGUGGUGGGUGCACGCUACGCCCCCGCGGCUUCAUUACCGCCCUCAAAGGUCCCCACAACCGACUACUGUUUUACGAUUUCAACAACAACCAACAUCGCUCCGAGCAACUGCACCAGUAUAAGCACGAUCGGCAAGGUCGAGCUGAUUGCAGAUCCAUCCCUGCGGGCCUUUGUUAGAGGCUUCACCCUGUACCUCAACAACGGCACCAGCACUAAGAUCUCUCCUACCUGGGGCUCCAACACGCUCCGCGCUACCAACUUGCUCUGGUCGGUGGCAGAAGCCGACGGCGCGCGGGUCUGUGUAACGCUCCGAAAUCCCGUGACUAUGAUAGACAUCUGCCAAGGCACUAGGUGCACUGUCAGCGUCUUCAACGAGGACAAGGACUGCUGCCCGCUGUUCUAUUCAGGACCUGUGUAG